AAGCCUGUUUUAAGGCUUGAAGUUGAUAUACAUAAAAAAAUUUUUAAUGGACUCAACCACUCGUAUACAUGCUGCAUGUGACGUCUCUUAAGAGAUCUAACCGUGUAAAUUCUUUAGCCUAUCCUUAUAAGAAAAUUUUGCUCUGUAUUUUACAAAUUCUUAAAUAAGACGGUUUUAUGAUCAUAUUGUUUCUAUUAAGCUGGUCAGGUAUAUUUGGUUUAUUAGAGUUGUCACUUGAAAUUUUAAAGUGAUCAAUUUAAAUUAUGAACAGACCGUCCCAUCUUGAUACGAACGCCGGAAUACGAACCGAUAUUAAGCCGUCCAACGGUGAUAUAGUCCCAGUAAAGAAUUUGUAAAACAAAUUGUUUUUUUUCCUGCAAGUAAGAUUGUUUGAGUUUUCAUUGCUUUCUAAUUUCUAACUUUUCCUCCCAACAAUUUGAUUCAAACUGGGAGUUGAACAACAACAAUCAAUAAUCAACAUCGGUUAGCUUCGAAUCCAUUUUCAGCCUUGAAAUUUUCAGCUGAAAGUGACAACGUUUACUUCACGAGCCUAUGGCUACUAGCAUGAUGGAGAUAACAAAUGUUUCAGAAUAUGAAAAAUUAGCAAAAGAGAGGCUGCCAAAGAUGGUUUAUGAUUAUUAUUCAUCAGGUGCUGAAGAUCAAUGGACUCUUGAGGAGAACAGAAAUUGUUUCUCAAGGAUUUUGUUCCGGCCUCGAAUCCUCAUUGAUGUAAGCCAAAUAGAUAUGACAACUACUGUCUUGGGUUUCAAUAUUAGCAUGCCAAUCAUGAUUGCUCCUACUGCUAUGCAAAAAAUGGCUCAUCCAGAGGGAGAAUUGGCAACAGCCAGGGCAGCAUCGUCUGCUGGCACAAUUAUGACAUUGUCGUCAUGGGCAACAUCUAGUGUAGAAGAAGUUGCUUCAACUGGAAAUGGAAUUCGUUUUUUCCAGCUCUAUGUAAUGAGAGACAGGAAUGUUGUUACUCAGCUUGUUAAACGAGCUGAGGAAUCUGGUUUUAAGGCUAUUGCUCUCACAGUUGACACACCCAGGCUUGGUAGAAGGGAAGCUGAUAUUAAGAACAGAUUUACUCUACCACCAUACUUGACUAUAAAGAAUUUUGAGGGGCUGGAUAUUGGUAAGAUUGAUCGGACAAAUGACUCUGCAUUAGCUGUGUAUGUAUCUUCUCAAGUUGAUCGGUCAUUGAACUGGAAGGAUGUAGAGUGGCUUCAGACCAUAACCAAGCUGCCAAUUCUGCUGAAAGGGGUGCUCACUGCCGAGGAUGCAAGACUGGCAGUACAAGCAGGUGCAGCAGGAAUCAUUGUCUCAAACCAUGGAGCUCGACAACUGGAUUAUGUUCCAGCAACCAUCAUGGCUUUAGAAGAGGUUGUAAAAGCAGUGCAAGGUCGAAUUCCUGUUUUCUUGGACGGUGGUGUUCGUCGUGGCACAGAUGUUUUCAAAGCAUUAGCUCUUGGGGCAUCCGGAGUAUUUAUUGGUAGACCCAUCGUUUUUUCAUUAGCUGUUCAUGGAGAAGCUGGUGUGCGAAAAGUACUGCAAAUGCUUCGUGAUGAGUUUGAGCUUACCAUGGCAUUGAGUGGUUGUCGAUCAAUCAAGGAGAUUAGCCGUAACCAUGUCACAACAGAAUGGGAAACUUUCCGGAUUUCCCCAAAGUUAUAAGUCGAACCAAGCAUCUACAUCUUGUGUAACUUUCGUGUUCAUUAUCAGGUAGACUUUAAUGCAAAUUAGAGUUGCCCGUUCUUGGUGACUCGGGGGCUUGUUUGUUGUGUAAAUUUUUAUGAUGAUAACUUUGGUGUUGUGGUUGUUCUUACAGUCUUGUACCCAUAAAUAAUGUCCGAAACAAAUGGAUGGUUUGGAUUAUCAAAUAAAAUGUCAUGUAAACAGACAAAUGUGCUAGGUUAUAGAAACCCUGCCCAAGUAUACAGCACACUUUUGGAAGAAGAUUGCAAUGUAAAUGAUAAAGUUACAACCUUUAAAACCCAAGCAUAUUUGUUCUACUUGU